AAUGCAUUGUGGGCCAUGUAUAAAAAGAAAACUCAGUUGACACUCAAGAAAUGAACUGGGUCACGGCGUUUGAAAGAUGCUUGUGACUCAUAAUCACAACUUGUAAGAAUUUUGUACAUUGUGUACGGUGUGUUGUACAUUGCAUGGCAGUAGACCAUGGCACUAUUCCUCGUGAUGUUGACUCCUUAUUGUUCAGAAGAGACAACGAAAUUUUGCCAGUAGAAGUCUCUCGCGCUGGAGUAAUGUGCAAGCAUGUUUGGCUAUGGCCAUUAACUAGUAUUAGUCGAUACUUCCAAGGAAUUCUUUGAUACCUCCAGGCUCCAGCCUCUUGGUUCUUUGCUCACAGAACAACAGAGAAGUUCCAUAUACUGUGAUGGCGAAUUUAGUAGAUUUGCAAUGCAGUUUGGUUGUGAUAGCCACUUGCAUUGUUGGUAUACACUGCUGGCAUACAGGUCCUGUUAGGAAACCUAUUGCUUUGACAUUCUCUGAAGGGAAGGUGCAGCUGGAGGUCCAUUCAUCUGAAAAAGUUUACCUGAACCUCAGUGAACCUGCUCAUAGAGACUUUCAGAUAUAUUUCACAUAUCUGGAGGAUAAACAGCCUUUGGAAUACCAGUCAGUUGAAAUAAUCAAGCCUUUAAGUAAUAUCACAUUCAUUGCCAACAUAUCUGAGGCCAAACAGCUGAAUAUCACUGGAGUUAACCCAGGGAAGUUGGUUCUAGGGAUAAGAAGUCUAGAUGUUAGUGUCACAUCCCAGGGCAUCCACAUCUCAGUGGUAUAUUCAAAAUACCUUGUGAUAAUCAAUCAAGUCAUAGGCUGGCUUUACUUUGCCUCUUGGUCCAUAUCAUUCUACACCCAGAUCUACACUAACUGGAGGAGAAAAAGUGUUGUAGGUUUCAGUUUUGACUUCCUGGCAUACAACUUCAUUGGGCAUCUCUCCUAUCUGUUCUUCAAUGUUUGUGUCUACUGGGAUGCUAAUGUACAGUCAGAGUAUUUUGUUAGCCACCCUAGAGGAGAGAUACCAGUGCAGGACAAUGAUGUUGCCUUCUCCAUCCAUGCUGUGACUUUGACUUCACUGCAAAUUGUACAGUGUCUCAUAUAUGAGCGGGGUGGUCAGAGAGUCUCCUGGCUGUGUGUUGGACUAGUAACCGGCAGUAUUCUGUUCUCUAUAGGUGGUCUAGUUCUUAGUAUUACCAGUGUCAUACAAUGGCUGACUUAUCUGUAUUUCUUCUCUUAUAUCAAGAUUGGAGUUAAUCUGAUCAAGUCUGUCCCACAGGCUGUACUAAACUACAGGAGGAAGAGCUGUGAGGGGUUCAACAUAUUUUCAGUGUGGUUUGACAUAAUAGGUGGAGUUCUCAGUAUUCUACAGAUGGUUAUGGUGUCAUUUAACAAUGAUGAUUGGGAUGAAAUAUUUGCAGAUCCUACAAAGUUUGGUCUUGGGUUGUUGACAAUCAUCUUUGACAUGAUCUUCAUAGUACAGCGAUAUAUUCUGUACAGAAACAGUGUUCCCUAUGUUGUGAUCAAUGACAAUACACCCCCAGUAGUGAAAGAAGGGAAAGCAGUUGAGCCGCUCUGAUUAACUUUGAGUUUUAGGUCUUAUGGGUGCCAACUUCUUCACUUUCAAAUCUCAGUAUGCAUGUUUAUCAGACUCUGACACUCCAUAUCAGAUUUGAUUGAAGUUUUACUGUGCCAGAAACAAAUGCUCAUUCAUCCAGUGUUCUAGAUUCCAUGGUUCUGUACAUGGGUAUGUGAUGCAGUUCAUAGAGCUGUCUUAUAUUUGUCAUUGCGGAGGUGCAACCUCAAUCAAAUGUCACUGAAGCUGAUAUGUGAUAAGCAGGUGUGUUUGUAAUUUGAUAUUGAGGAUAUGCUUCAAGGUAGUGUUAAAACUCGGGCUACACUGAUUUUAAAUAAAUUGCACACCAAAAAACAUUUUGUCUUACACAGGUAGCUUAAAAUAUGGUGUUAGAAUACCAUUACAUUUGUGUAACUUGGUAUUCUUAAUGUCCACUUACUUUUUGAUAUAGAAUGAUUGACUAGCACAGUCAUUCCCAUAUUGACAAAUUUACUCUGCAUAAAGAUUUAUGUAAUUAUUUACAUGGCAAGUGUGUAAAUUUUCAAUUGAACAAAACGUUGUCUUAAAUUUUACUUAACUUUAAUGUAUGCCUAGCAUAUAUGUUUAAGAGCACAUUUUUACAUGCUCAUGUUUCUCAUAAAAUGAUGUAACAUGCUUUAUUAUUUUACCAAUAUUUACUGCAUACAUGCCCAUACCUUGUCCAAUAUCUAUGCAUAAUAUUGUGCUGGAGCAUUGAUCUGUAGUGAUGUGUGCAUUUGAUCUUCACAUUACAAAAUUAAUAUAUUUAAUUUUCAGCCAUUUUUCAAAGUGGCUAGGGUAUAUUCUAUCCAAGUCUGCCGAGAAUUUUUGUCUGUAAGCCUGCUUUACGUUUAUUUUUUUGUAACAGCUACAAGCCAAAUUCUCCAUCACUAAUACAAUAGUGUCCCAAAAAUUAGAAACGUAAGUCAGAUUUUGUCAACAGUUUUGAAUAUGGUGGGUCUUGGUGCUGACUGCUUUUGCUAUACAUGUAACUUACUUAUAUAUGCAUGUACAGAUAUUUCUUUCAACUAAGCCAGUACGAAAACAGUCAAAGAAUACGGACAAAACUGAUCUGUAUUUGGCAUGCAUACAAAAGGUGGUUUUUUAAGAACUUUUUUCUUAAAAGAGAGAAUAUUGAAGUAUGCCAUUUUAAAUGUUUUAUUGUGCAAUGAGAAUAAUGUUAUGUUGGUAAAAAAUGCAUUACCUUGAAGUUUUUAAUACGCUAGAUUUUCACAUUUUGUUGACAAAGGAUAUUUGUAAUUGCCAGUAGUCAAAAUGUAUAAUUUGUUAUUGGAACAAGUGAAUUGCAUGUGCUUUUUAAGGAUGGGAAAACUUACAGCUGCACAUGCUGACAGCUACAUGACUGUACUGUUAAAUCAGUAUGAAAGAAGGGUGACCUUUGUUAAAAUUCCAUUUUGUAUUUUAACAACUUACAUUUGAAAACCUUUUUAACUACUACCAUUUUUCCACUUAAUCACCAUUUUGUCCAGAUAAAUUUAUAAGAUUUCACAGAUAAUUACUUAUUUUUUGCUUCUUCUUGGAUAAGAUAUUUUUGUGCAGCAUUCUUAACAAUCUAGUUUGAAUGUUUUUUUUUCAACUUGGAAAUAGUAUACAGUAUUAAACUUACCAAUUAAAUGCUCAUCUCAUAAAAUAGAUAAAAUAAUUAACAUUAUUUUAGUCAUAUAGUUAUUUUAUUUAC